GUUUUUUCUGUGAUGCAUUUGCAUGUCUGCAUGAGUACAUUGAAGAGCAAGCCAACAGAAGGCCUGGGUGCUCCUUCGUAUCCUUAUAAAGCGAGAUGCCUGGGUUCGAGUGUGAUUAAAAAUGGCGGAAACUUCGACUUAGUGGAGUAACAAUUGACUUUUAUUUUGCUGAUCUUAUAUUCCUUUAAUUAUGUUUGAAUCACUGUGUUUUUGAUUAAUUAAGAACAAUUUACCCAAAUGUCUCGAAAUAAAGUGAAUAAAUCGUCGAAGACAGGCGGAUUUGGAUCGGUGCAGAAUAGGGUGAAUUCUAUUUCUCGAAGGGUUGAUGAAUUUAACGAUCGUUUGGAUGGUUCAUCGUCAAUUACAUCACCAGAGAGAAAGGACAAUUAUGACAACUGUGAACACUUAAGGGCAGAAAUUGAAGAACUGUCCAGUCAGCUCUCUAGCCUUUCCAAGGCUGAUAAUGAGGGCUCUUCACAAGAUUUUAAUCUACUGAAAAGGAAAGAACAACAAAAGCUGGAAAAUUUGAAGAGCAAACUGGACAGAAUAUCUGAACAGCUUGAACCCGAUGAAGUCGAAGAGGAUUAUUUCAGAAAGAUGCAAGAAGGUGAUGUUGGUGCCUCCAACAGUGACUUGCUGACGGACAAAGCUGAUGAUGAUGACACGCGCAUGCCCGAUAGUGAAGACGACGAUGAAGAUGAAGAUGAUGAAAGUGAGGAGGACACUACCUCCAACGUUGUUAUGGUCCGCAAGGUCCAGGCACUGAGCGAUUUCACAGGCGAGCAGGAUGGCGAUCUCAGCUUUAAGAAGGGAGAAAUUCUAACAGUCAUAAAAACAAGUGAGGAUGGGUGGUGGGAAGCAGAAAACGCUGCGGGCAAGCUAGGUGUUGUCCCCAAAACUCUUCUCAAGAUUAUCGAAGAAAACGAAGAAACCUCGCCAGAGAAACAUAGGGUUGAGAAAUCUGCUGAAAUCGAGAAUGUUGCAGAGUCAGCAAGUAAAGUUUCGGAGUUUUCCACCAGGAAAAGAAGUGGAUUGGAUUUGUGGAAAAGUCUAGCCAGAGGUUCUACUCAACAGGCAAGUGCUACAGACGUCUUGAAAGCCAUGGGUGCCAUGCCAAGUGGUUUCAGAUCAACAACGCUUGGAAAACUGGCUAAAGAAGAAGCCUGGCAAACGAGCUCUUGGGCGAUGCCGAAACUAAGCCAGUCCAAUGUGGCAUUCAGAGACAUCACUUGGGAUCCCAUUAAUAAACAGCUGCGACCACGAACAGCAAAAACCAACAGAGUCCUUCAAGUGAGCAGUGCACGAAUGAUACCAUCAAUAGGAUCAGGGGUUGAAGUUCUAAGCCGACAUGUGCGGAUUGUGAUUUGGGAGAACAGUAAGAAACAGCCUCUUAGUAACGUUCACUCAGUCCGCGCCACUGCAACGGAAAAAGAUCCGGCGACAUGGAACUUUAACCCAAAGUGUGCUACCAGUGUUUACGACUCUGAGAUUCUGGCUCGUAUUAAUUCAAAUGACGAUUCCCAAGUAAUUCUUUUUGAAUUGAACAUACUUUAUAGAAGAACGUCCACAGGUGAGAAAGGUGAAGUGGCAUGUGGUUGGUGUGCAAUAAAACUGUUUGAAGAAAACGGAGCACCGGUGUCCAACAAGACCUACGAAAUUCAGCUUAACGGUGGAACACCGUUUGAUACUGGAGUCGACCUGGAUCCUUCAGUCAGUUUAAAAGCCAGCAGCAGUCGCUUUCAACAAGUUGUGCGAACCAAUCGCCAGCCCCGAUUGACAGUAAAACUCGUUUCGUUUCCCAGUCAAAGAAGAGACAUUUACGACAUGUUACCAGACACUUUACUGACGUGUCACGCAUAUGCUCAGUUCAUAUCUUUGUACCGCCAAUUGCUGACUGAGAUUGUUAUGUACGAGUUACGGGAUAGUCAAGAUGCAGGUUUUAUUAUGGAUCCUGUUAUAUCAACAUUUCCAAAAAUUCUUUCUAUCCAUGAUGUCAUGGAUGCACUCAAGCGCUGCUGGGACGAGAAAAGUAAGCGAGAACUCAAGCGAUCCCAACGACGAGACGAAGCACAUAUGCGAAGAUUCUUCAGGGAGGCCUAUAUGGACAGUGUAUUUCCAAUUCUAAACUCCACUGAACUACCACCGUAUAUUUGGGGCAACGAUGAGAGAGAAAAGGAUAGACUUCAAUGGAUUGUAGGCCAUUGCGAUAAACGAACAGCCGUGGAAUGUUUAUUGUCGCCUAACAGACUCUAUAAGCCGUUUAAUGUGGACCGCUUUACUCUUGAUAUGUCCAAGCUAACUGCAACGUAACACUGAAGAGUUUAUCAAACUCUAACAGUAAACACUAAUUCAACAAAUGUUUUCGGCGGUUGAAGCAGUAUUUCCUUGUAAAUUAAAAAACCUAUUUUCAUAGUAAUUUAUUGCCAAGUUAAGUGAGUCUUAUAAUUUGACGGAAACUAAACAUAGCUCCAAAGGAAAUUGUGUUAUUUACAUAUUAAAGUAUUAGAAACUUG